AUGGCCUUGUCGACGGCAUCGCCAUCGGCUUCCGCGGCCGUCGCCAUGGCCUCGUCGAUCCCGCGCUUCCUCCUUCCCCGCCGAGGACCCAUGUGGCAGCAGCAGGGCCUCGCUGUCGCCGGCAUUUUGCAACGCCGACCGACAACAGCAGCUUCUGCUACAGCACCAGCAUCAGGCUGCAUCGUGGCCGCAGCCUGGCGACAUGCAUCGUCGGCCCGGUCGUCGCGCUGGACACCACCGUCUGCACCGUCUGCGUCGUCGACUGCACCUUCCCCUCCCCCUCCCUCUCCUUCUGCCGUGCUUGAGAAGCCGGCCAAGUUCAAUCCGCCUUCGCACGGCUCGCGGCUGCCGCGCAAAGGCGCCGCCGCUCGCGCGCCGCCGUCGCUGCACUACGGCGGCGAGCUCUCGCCGGCCGAGCGCCAGGCUCAGCGGCUGCGUCAGUAUCCCGGCACCAUGGCGCCUCCGGGCACGUGGUCGCACUGGUUCUGGAACAGCCGGGCGCUGCACAUGGGCAUCACGAUGACGGCCCUCACCAUCCUCGCCAUCUACACGUUCCUCGAGAACUUCCGCCGCUCGUCGCCCUUUGUCGACAUGCUCCCGACGGCCGCCCAGGCGCUGCGCCAUCCCAUCCUCGCCGUCCGCACCGCCGUCGAGGUCUUCCGCUUGACCGAGGACCAGCGCAUCGCCGAGAUCUCCGAGAAGCGACAGCGCCGCGUCGACGACGUCUCCAAGCGCACAAUGUACCGCAAGGCCCACGGCCUCGAGGAGACCGUCGGCUUCAACAGCGGCUGGCUCACCGGCGGCGUCAAGAAGGAGGGGCCCACGGCUCCGGCCCGCAAUGAAGAAGCCCCCGCCCUCAGCCCGGUCGAGGCCGUCGCUGCUGCCGCUGCUGCGACGCAGUCGGCCGUGGACGAUGCAUCGCCCGUUCACGGUGCCCUGCCUCUCGAUGGGCAGGCCGGCACAGAUGCUGCCGGCACGCGGAAGCGGUUCCUGGGCAUCUUUUGA